AAUCUCCUAAUCCAACGCUCCCAUUCUUGAGGCUUGGUAAAAUCGAAUGGCUCUGGAGGUUGUAUUGUGAAUGCAGCAGUUGUGGGUUGCCCCACAUCUGCCGGCUCGUCUCCCAUUCUUCGCCAAACGAUACGCUUUGUUUUCCUCUUCCGCCUAAGAUAUCCCACUUCUGAAACCAUGUCACGUUUCUCACGUCCGAGGACUGGAAUUGAGAACCACUGCUGUAGUUAAAAAACAGUUGCAGACUGUUCUUGAAAACAUGAGAGAUGAGCUGAGCCAGAAAGCAAAUGCAUGGUUGGAGGAAGAGAGAAACCAGGCAGUCAAACAAAGAAAGUUAUUUUCAGAUGCAAAGGAAAUAAAGCUUGUGCAUAAGCCUUAAUACAGAAAGAGGAAAUACAUGUUUAAUGUUUGCAGAUGUCACAUGAAUAAAAGGUAUCCCAAGUAAAAUGAGCUGAUGUUUUACAUUGCUCAACUGUGAGAUGGAGAGAAAAUUUUAAAUGUUUAAAAGGGAGAAUUGUCAUGAAAAUUUGACCCCGCCCCCUCACCACUCCUAUGGCAGACCUCACACUUAAAAACCAGCAAUCUGUCCCCAUGUUACCACUCACACACUAUACAGAACUGAAGAACACACUGCGCUUGAAUUGAAUCAAACACAUAAAUAGGCAGAAUGAGCAGCACUGCAAAGUUUCUUGCUAAAAGACAGGAUAGAGAAGAAGGUAUUGGGACGAACAAGAAGGCGAUACCAUUCCACAAGCAGGACUAUCAGAGUCUGAAACGUCAAUGUUUGGAGAAAAAUACAUUGUUUUGUGAUCCGACCUUCCCUGCGGGUUCUGAGUCUCUGGGCUACAAAGAACUGGGACCGAAUUCCCCCAAGGCACAAGGAGUGGAGUGGAAAAGAUCAAAGGAGCUGUGUGCAAACCCUCAGUUUAUUGUGGAUGGCGCCAAGCGGACUGACAUCUGCCAGGGGGCUUUAGGUGACUGUUGGCUUCUGGCAGCCAUUGCCUCUUUGACUCUAAACCACAAUGUUUUGGAGCGUGUAGUCCUGCCUUGUCAGAGCUUUUCGGACGGUUACGCCGGCAUCUUUCACUUUCAGUUCUGGCAGUAUGGUGAAUGGGUGGAUGUUGUCAUUGAUGAUCGUCUGCCUACCAAAGACGGAAAGCUGCUGUUUGUUCAUUCAGCAGAGCUUUCAGAGUUCUGGAGCGCCCUGCUGGAGAAGGCCUAUGCAAAGCUCAACGGCUCGUAUGAAGCUCUGACUGGUGGCUUUGCCACUGAGGGUUUUGAGGACUUUACUGGAGGUAUUUCUGAGAACUAUGAGUUGAGUAUAGCCCCUCCACAUCUGUUUAAGAUCAUUCAGAAAGCACUUGGGUUGGGCUCCCUGCUUAGCUGCUCCAUUGAUGCUACCAGUGCAAAUGAAACGGAGGUAAUGGCCAGCCUAAAGCUGGUAAAAGGACAUGCAUACUCUGUCACUGGUGCAGAGGAGGUUCACUACCUCAGGCGUCCGGUGCAGCUGUUGCGUCUUAGGAACCCGUGGGGUUUUAAGGAGUGGACGGGCGCAUGGAGUGACAAUUCCAAUGAGUGGAAAAAUGUCCGACCGGAUGAGAAAGCUAAACUGAAUUAUUCAGCUGAGGAUGGAGAAUUCUGGAUGGAAUAUUCAGACUUUGUGCGGCAUUUCACAAGGCUGGAGAUUUGUAAUCUGACUCCGGACACUUUAACCAGCGAAGAGUUGAGGCACUGGAACUACUGCCAGUUUGACGGCAACUGGAUAGUAGGAUCCACCGCAGGAGGCUGCAGUAACAAUAGAGCUACGUACUCCUCAAACCCUCAGUUUGUGAUCAAGCUUGAGGAUGUUGAUGAUGACCCUUAUGAUGGAGAAGAUGGUUGCACUUUGGUGGUGGGACUGAUGCAGAAAGAUGGGCGCAAAGAUAAACGCAUUGGACGAGACCUGAAUGCCAUUGGCUUUUAUAUCUAUGAGGUCCCAGAUGAGUACAAGGGUCGCAGUAAUGUUCAUCUCGGCUCGGAUGUGCUGCUGUAUAAACGAUCAGUUGCAAAGAGCGAGUUCAUCUACAUGCGAGAGAUAAGCAAGCGCUUUAAGUUGCGUCCUGGAGAAUACGUCAUCAUCCCCUCCACAUAUGAUCCCAAUCUCCAGGGAAGUUUUAUACUGCGUGUGUUUACAGAGAAAAAAGCGACUGUCAGCCCAAUGGAUGUUAAUAUCACUACAAAUAUUAUAAAGAAUCGCAUAUCUGACAGUGAUGUGGACCCAAGUUGUAAAGAGCUUUUUAUGCAGUUUGCUGGAAAUGACUCAGAGGUGUCUGCGAAGGAGCUACAGCAGAUGCUGAACAAAUUUGUGUCUGAAAGAACUGAUAUCAUUUCUGAUGGUUUCAGUAGGGAAACGUGUCGUCACAUUAUCAGCCUGCUAGAUAAAAAUGGCAGUGGCAAACUUGUUCUGGUGGAGUUUCACAAACUGUGGAUAAAGAUCCAGAAAUAUUUGGAUAUUUUUAAGAACCGUGACACAGACAAGUCAGGCACUAUGAGUUCAUAUGAGAUGAGAGAUGCAGUAAAAGAUGCAGGGUUUCAAGUGAACGGUGAAGUACUUCAGGUGAUAAUCUCACGUUAUGCCAAUAAGCAACAAGCCAUUGACUUUGAUAACUUUGUGGGCUGCCUGAUCAACUUGGAGAUGCGCUUCACAAUUUUUCAAUUAUUCGAUAAGAACACCGGAAGAAUUGAGCUGGAUAUCCAGCAGUGGCUUUGCUUGACCCUCUGUUAAAAAUCCACAAAUUUCCUGCAAAAACAAAAGACUCACAGGAGAAGGAUGGUUUGGCUGAUGGAGUAAAAUCAGCCCGAGUGUGUUAUCUAAACCUUGAAUUGUCUUUCGAUAUGCAAUUUGUUAAUGGUGAUGAAUCUAAAGAUCUGAGUUUUGAGUAUUCAUUUAGCAUUUUUUUAUUAAAAAUGUAAUUUUCUUACCAAUAAUUAUAUUUACUAACAAGGUUGUAUUUGUUAACGUUAUUAAAACAAACUAACAAUGAAUGAAACGUCUACAGCAUUUAUUAAUCUUAGUUCAUGUUAAUUUCAGCAUUCACUAAUACAUUUUUAACAUCAAAAUUAGUAACUGUUCACAUUGGUUAAUUCACACAAUUUGUAUUAUUAUUAACUAACAAUAACAAAGAUUUAAAGUGUUAGCCUAACAUUUACUAAUUUGUACAUAUUAAUUCAAUAAAUUAUUAUUUUUCUUAUUUUUAUUACUGUUUAAUUUAUGUCGGGUGCUGUAUUGUCUUCACAGGUACAGGUACUGUCUUUGCUUGGUAUAAUAACACCUGUUGAAUCAGUUUAUAUUCAGAUUAAUUUAGACUUUGUAUUGAAAUGCAACUACCUGUAAAGUUAUUCAAUAAAC